CUUGUAGUUCUCAUGACGCCGGCCCUCAGGCGGUGACGGGGACUGCGGGACAGAGACCCUCGUGGCACGCCGGGAUUCACGGCGCCUUACAGGGAUUCGUGGUACAGAGGGGCGCGUUGCACGCCGGGACUCAGAGUCCCACGAUGUCCAGCCUCAGCGCCUGACGGGGCUUCUGCGCCGGCAGCUCCGCGUUGCAUGCCGACCCGCAGCCCCCGAUGCCGGCGCGUAUGGAGUGGAUGGGGCGAAGGAACACUGUUCCCACCGGGCCCAGUCGCAGAAGCGUUGUCCUAGGACGCGCCCAUUUCCCAUGGCCGGCGGAGGACCUCUCGGGCCCCGCGUGGGCGUGUUUACACCCAGGCCCUCGGCGCCUGCGCGCACGCAUGCGGUGGCACGUGACGUCGCACGCUGUCCCGGAAGUCGGCGCGGAACGGGUGGCUGGUGGAAGCCGGUGGUGCCGAAGGGGGAAUCGAAGCGCCGCUGCUGCCUCUGCUUGGGCCGGGGGUCGCCCGGUAGCCCGCGAUGGGCGCCGGACCCUGAGCGCCCACCGUCGCUUUUCCACAGCGCCUCCACUCGGCUGCGAUGGAGGCACCGCCCAGCGGCCGCGUUCCCGCCGAGGGCGCCCAGCCGCCGGCCGUGGCCGAGGGCGGUUCUGGUGCAAUUAGAAGGAUGUAGCCACCCCGUCGUCAUGAAGGGCCUGUGCGCUGAGUGUGGCCAAGACCUGACCCAGCUGCAGAGUAAGAACGGGAGGCCACAGGUGCCGCUGUCCACGGCCACCGUGUCGAUGGUGCACAGCGUCCCCGAGCUAAUGGUGAGCUGCGAGCAAGCUGAAAAGCUAGGAAGGGAAGACCAGCAGCGACUGCAUCGCAACAGAAAACUAGUGCUCAUGGUGGACUUGGACCAGACCUUGAUCCACACGACGGAGCAGCAUUGCCCACAGAUGUCCAACAAGGGCAUAUUCCACUUCCAGCUGGGCCGGGGCGAGCCGAUGCUGCACACCCGUCUGCGUCCGCACUGCAAGGGGUUCCUGGAGAAGAUCGCCAAGCUGUACGAGCUUCACGUCUUCACGUUCGGCAGCCGGCUGUACGCACACACGAUCGCAGGCUUCUUAGAUCCUGAGAAGAAGCUUUUUUCACAUCGAAUAUUAUCGAGGGACGAAUGUAUUGACCCGUUUUCCAAAACGGGGAACCUUAGAAAUCUUUUUCCUUGUGGAGACUCCAUGGUUUGCAUCAUCGAUGACCGAGAAGACGUGUGGAAGUUUGCCCCCAACCUGAUAACUGUGAAGAAAUAUGUGUACUUCCAGGGCAUAGGUGACAUCAAUGCCCCAUCCGGGUCCCGGGAGCCCCAGGCGAGGAGGAGAGUUAGUCCUUCUCCUAAAGGUGCCGACGCCACGGAGCAGCCUCCAUUCGUCAAGGAUCCCGAGGAAGGAAGGCAGGUGUCCGGGGUCGAGCAGAGCAACGGCCUCGGGAAGCCCACGCGGGAGCUCAACGGGGGCGCAGGCCCUCGCGGGGGCUGGCCCUGUCCCGGGCAGGAGGAGGAGAGGGGCGCUCGGCCCGCCACCUGCGCCCCCUCUGCUGACGGCCGGGGGCCCCUGGCGGGCACCCAGCAGCACGGGCGGACGCCGCCAGAGAAGAGGCCCGUGCUGGGUCCGGUGGGCCCUGACCCGGACCCAGAUGUCCCCAGUGACAGCGGGAGCAACAGCGAGUCCGAGGGCCGGCCGUCCCCCAUCCCCUCUGAUGGGGAGAGUGGGGAGAAGAGGACCCGGAGAAAGCCUGCGGCCACCCGCCAUGCUGGGGACAUCGUGGCCCAGGGCGGCGCCUCGGGCACCAGUCUGUGCAUGGAGCCCGGGCCCGGCGUCCAGGCGGCCGUGCAGGGGGAGGGCGAGCGGGACAGCCUCUGCGGGCUGGGCAGCGGCUGUGCCGACAGGAGGGAGGCCGAGACAGAGUCCCAGAACAGCGAGCAGUCAGGCAUCACGGUGGGCGAGUCCCUGGACCAGAGUGCGGAGGAGGAGGAGGAGGAGGAGGACGCCGACGCCGACGACCACCUGGUCCACCUGGAGGAGAUCCUCGCCCGCGUGCAUGCCACCUACUAUGCCAGGUAUGACUGCUUUCUCCGCGGGGAGACCCAGGACGCCCCCGACAUCCGGAAGAUCGUCCCCGAGCUGCGCGGCAGGGUGCUGGCCGACGUCGCAAUCAUCUUCAGUGGGCUGCACCCCACGAACUUCCCCAUCGAGAAGACGCGGGAGCACUACCACGCCACGGCCCUGGGCGCCAGGAUCGUCACCCAGCUGGUGCUGGAGCCCGGCAACCCCGACCGGGCCACCCACCUGAUCGCCGCGCGGGCCGGGCCCCUGCUGUCCCCGCCGCCCCAAGCCCUGACGGCGGACCAGUGGCCCGCGGCGGCUCCGAGCAGAGUGCAUGUGCCCGCAGGCACGGAGAAGGUGCGCCAGGCCCAGGAUUCUGGGCAGCUGCACGUGGUCAACCCCGACUGGCUGUGGAGCUGCCUGGAGCGCUGGGACAAGGUGGAGGAGCGGCUGUUCCCGCUACGUGGUGACCCGGCCAAAUCCCAGAGCGAGGACAGCCCAGCCGCCUUUCCCGACAGGCAGGGCCUGCUUCCAGCCACCCUGUUUCAUCCAACACCCGUGCAUCCCAAGGCCCCUCCUGGCCCUGAAGUUCGGAUCUACAACGCCAGCACGGGCAAGCUCAUCCGCCAUGGUGCUGCGGGCCCCGGGCCCCCUGGCUCCCUGCCGGUGCACGCGGAGCUCUCCUCCUUCAGAGCGGUCCAGCCACAUCACCAGCAGAUGUUUGCUGAAGACUUGCCAGCCAAUCAGGAUGGAGAGCAGCCUGGUCCUUCUAGAAGGAAGCGGCAGCCCAGCAUGUCGGAGACCAUGCCACUGUACACGCUGUGUAAGGAGGACUUAGAGAGUAUGGAUAAAGAGGUGGAUGACAUCCUAGGAGAGGGCAGCGAUGACAGUGACAGCGAGAAGAAGCAGCCAGGAGAUCGGGAGGACCGGCAGCGGGGACCGAGGCCCGGGCAGCCCGAGGCCCUGGGGGCCCCGAGGGGGCCCACGCUCAGGUCAGCGCCACCCACCGAGAGGAAUGCAGCAGACGGCCGGGGGCCCAGGGGCCACAAGAGGAAGCUGAAUGAAGAGGACGCAGCCAGCGAGUCCAGCGGAGCGUCCAGCUGCGAGGACGAGGAAGGGGGCAGCUCGGAGGCGGACGAGAUGGCGGCCGCGCUGGAGGCCGAGCUUGGCGACCUCAUGUGACCGCGGGGCGUGCACUCGACUCACCUCCGUCCUGGGAGCUGCCCCUCCUCCAGAGGGACAUGUCUGUUUGCAGAGCUCCACCUGCAGAAACACACUGUUUUGCAGAAAGAGGUGUUUUUAGAAGUUUCACUACAAGAAAGCCUACUUGUUAAGGACAGCGGGGCAGGGAACGCGGCCAUGCCAAAGAUCCUGGGUGAGCCCAGCAGAGCUGCACAGCGGGACUGGAGUUGGCGGCUUUUUAUCAGGAAGACGGGGGGUGUGGGGAGGUGUUUUUCCUUUAACUAGGCAGCACAUUGCUUAGGGUGAAGGCUGGGCGUCCGACCAGACAGAGGGGUGAGGCGGCAGCAGCCCAGCAUCCUCCUGCUUUUUCACGACUGAAGCUACCAGAACAUGCACAGGUUUCAAGCGAGGCCGUGCAUCGGCGUGUGACGAGGACAGGCCUGGGGCCCCCAGCUGCCCCCAGGGCCCUGCAGCUCCCGCGGGCGCCGGGACAAAGGGCCCUGCCCUCGCGGGCAUGUAAAGUUUUGUAUAUCUAUUUCAUACAUGACCCACCAAACAGAUUUUUCUUUCCUUUAAUAAAAGUCCCUUUUGUAAGCCUUC